AUGGACUCUGAGUUUUUAAAAAGACAUCUGGGAAAAUGUUUGGCAGAAGGACUAGCUGAAGUGGCUGAGCAGCGCCCGGUAGACCCCAUCCUGUAUCUGGCCCACUGGCUUUACAAGUACAACGACAAUGUUAAAUAUGAGACAGAGAAAAAGACUAAGUUGGCACUCCUGGAGCAGGAGCAGGCAAAGGCCAGAGAGGAGGCACUGUACCAGGAGAAGCUGAGGGAGGAGCAGCAUAAGAUCAAUGAGGCCUUGGAGGAAUCUAAAAAGGUGAAGAUUACAAAUACUAUAACCAGUCAAGAGUCCCCUGACAGAAACCCAGUGGAGGAGGCUAGCUCUUCUCCCUCUGAGGGUCUGAACACUAAGGUCAAAGAGGAGUCUACAGAAAUACCUGUGGAUAAAACUGAAGCAGAGCUGGUGAACGAUCAAACAGAAGAGACAACAGAGGUGGAGCCAAGUGCCAAUCAUGUAGAUGAGAAAACCGAGGAGGAAGCAAGCACCGCUCAAGUGGUUGAUCAUCCUGAAACUACUGACCCCGAGCAAACUGAAUCACACUCAACACUUGACAGCCAAGGCGCUGACGAUUUAAAAACAGACAACACAGAAGAGCUACAUGACAAACAAAGCCCUCGUUUCCUUGACACAGAGAAGGUGAUGCUGCUGAAGUACAGACUACUUGCUGAUGAUUUCAUUAUGUUCCCAUCAUGA